AUGUUGUCCAUCACUUUUGUCCUGCCCCUAUUAUAUGCUCUCUCCGUUGCUACAAAUGCAGAUGAUGCGAAUGCUACUAUAAACUCGGCUGUUGCUAGUGUUACAAAAUCUCCAACUACAAAUGUGAAUAUUUGCUGCAAAGCUCUUCAAUUGGCAUUGGGUUCGAAAGUUUCGUAUCUAAGUUCAUCAGCAUACAGUACAUUUUUGAACAAUUUCUAUUCCCAGCAAGAAUCACAACUGUCUCCAGGUUGUAUUGUAUCACCAACAUCCACAAUAGACGUCUCAAUUUCAGUCGGAAUUCUGUCUAUUCUGGGAAAACUUGCCAAUUGGAGUCCGUCAUGUCAAUUCGCUAUCAGAUCCGGAGGCCAUGCACCAGGCGUAAGCCAGGCCAACAUCAAUCAAGGAGUAACGAUAGGUUUGAGUCCGCUUAAUUUCAUAGAUGUUAGCACCGACCAUUCUGUGGUAUCGGUGGGUCCAGGAUUAAAAUGGGGAGAAGUUUAUCUCAAGUUAGAUGCUUUACAACUUGCUGUUCCUGGUGGACGAGUUAACUCAGUUGGCGUUGGAGGAUUGACCAUUGGAGGUGAGUGGAAUAUCCUAUUUCUCUCCCAGGAAAGGAUUCACAUGUGGACAAUGUCCAAGAACUUCGAAAUAGUCCUUGCAAGCGGUAAAAUUGUCAACGCAAAUGCAAAUCUGAAUCCAGAUUUGUAUCUGGCUUUGAAAGGCGGCUCCAAUAAUUUAGGUGUAGUUACCCGAAUCGAUUUCUAUGCUUUUCAACAAGGCAAGUUGUGGGGCGGUAAUAUUUUGUAUCCAGCAACUACCGCGGACCAACAGAUCAACGCUUUGGCAGAUUUUAGCACCGGUCGCAAAUCCGUUAGUAUACCAGCCCUUUACGGCAAUUCAGCCUCAAUACUCCAACACUUGAGAAUUACAAAUUUAACCGACAUUGGAAGCGAAACAGGUGGCACGUUUAUGCAACUUACAGCGCCUGGAACGCCGCUCUUCCCUCCAUUCAAUCACUCUCCAAUAUUACCUGGUCACUAUCAUUUGAACCAGUUUCCCGUUAACAUUCCUGCGAAAUCAGCUUCUGCGGGUGGAAAUCUCCUUGGUGUAACUCCCGCGGAUGGACCACUAAUUGUUGCUCUUCUUACCGCAACAUGGGGCAAUAUCGCCGAUGAUACCGUUGUUGAUAAUACUGCCAAGAAUAUGUUCGACACGAUUGAUGCGUAUGCCAAGGCAUCUGGAUUCUACAACGACUGGCAGUAUCUGAACUAUGCGGCGAACUGGCAAGAUCCGAUUGAUGGGUAUGGAGCGGUGAAUAAGGCGAAGCUUCAAGCUGCAAGUAAAAGUAUGAUCCGCUGGGUGUUUUUCAGAAGGGGGUUACGGGAGGGUUUAAACUUUUGUUUAAUUGAAGGCUUGCUAGAAUCCUAUCUCGGGUUUCGCGGGUAA